AUGAAGCAAAGUGUAGGGAAGGAGCCGAGUACCGGUAAACCUAGGAGGUUCAUCCCAAAGGUAGCACCAAGUGGCCCUCCUUGGACUAAAGAAGUAACUCCCCCUGAACGUCCACAGCCUUCGAAGCCUGUUGUAUCUAGGGGCCCAAGUCGUACUGGCAAGGCGCUGGAAACUUCACCUUUUCGCUGGAAAAUGGGUACAACCCCAAAGAGAAAAAGAAGUGACACACCCUCGGUAUCUCCUCAGGUGACCCCUAAAAGUAUGCGCAUUCUACACGCAGGAUCUACUGGAACACGCACCAGUAACGUUGAAGCUGCCGGAACCCCAACCCUGGUGACAGUUGAUGACGAUAGUGAUGAUGGCAACACCACUAGAACGUUGAUGACAUUGGUGACAUGCGUGAAGAUUCUGACAGGGACCACAAUGAUGAUUGCAAUGAGGAUGCAUUUGCUUAUUCCAGUGACUAUCCAGGAGGACAAGGUGGUUUAG